UCUCUUUCUCUUCUCACUCGCCCUUUGUCUUCACCUAAUCACAUCCUUCAAAUACAAAUCCGCCUGAAAUUUGUUCUCCAGACACACGCCCGUCUCCCCUUUCUCAGUCUCCUUAUUACCACCACUAGUUCAUUUUCCGCUCCAGAUCCUUCCCCUUCACUAUCACCAAUCGCUCUCGUUUCACCUUUCAAUUCUGUUUGUUUCCAGGUAGGUGAGAGUGUGAUUCUUUUUGGAAAUGGCGACUGGAGCUGUACCGGCUUCGUUUACUGGUCUGAAGACCAGGGACUCCAGCUUAGGGUUUGCAAAGAGCAUGGAUUUUGUGAGAGUUUGUGAUUUGAAGAGGAUCAAGUCUGGCAGGAAAAAGAUUUCAGUGAUUCGGAACUCGAAUCCUGGUCCCGAGAUGGUUGAACUUCAGCCAGCGUCAGAAGGGAGCCCUUUGUUAGUUCCUAGACAAAAGUACUGUGAAUCUGUGCACAAGACUGUCAGGAGGAAAACACGAACCGUAAUGGUGGGAAAUGUGGCCCUUGGUAGUAAGCAUCCUAUCAGGGUUCAGACCAUGACUACAAGUGACACCAAGGAUGUCGCUGGGACAGUUGAACAGGUAAUGAGAAUAGCAGACAAGGGGGCAGAUUUGGUUCGGAUAACAGUUCAAGGGAAAAGAGAAGCAGAUGCUUGCUUUGAAAUAAAAAAUUCUCUGGUACAGAAAAAUUACAAUAUACCUCUGGUGGCAGAUAUUCAUUUUGCUCCAUCUGUUGCAUUGCGCGUAGCUGAAUGCUUUGACAAAAUUCGUGUCAAUCCAGGAAAUUUUGCUGAUAGGCGAGCUCAAUUUGAGAAGCUAGAGUACACGGAAGAGGACUAUCAAAAAGAACUGGAGCAUAUUGAGCAGGUUUUUACACCUCUGGUUGAAAAAUGUAAGAAGUAUGGGAGGGCAAUGCGCAUUGGGACAAACCAUGGGAGUCUUUCAGAUCGUAUAAUGAGCUACUAUGGAGAUUCACCUAGGGGAAUGGUUGAAUCUGCAUUUGAGUUCGCAAGAAUAUGCCGAAAGUUGGACUUCCAUAAUUUUGUGUUUUCAAUGAAAGCAAGCAACCCAGUCAUCAUGGUUCAGGCAUACCGUCUGCUUGUAGCAGAAAUGUAUGUUCAGGGCUGGGAUUAUCCAUUACACUUGGGUGUCACUGAAGCUGGAGAAGGAGAAGAUGGACGCAUGAAAUCUGCAAUUGGCAUUGGGACUCUUCUUCAGGAUGGUUUGGGUGAUACAAUCAGGGUAUCGCUUACAGAACCACCAGAGAAGGAGAUAGAUCCUUGCAGAAGGCUGGCCAACCUUGGCAUGAGAGCAUCUGCAGUUCAACAGGGAGUGGCACCAUUUGAAGAAAAGCACAGACACUAUUUUGAUUUCCAGCGCCGGUCUGGUCAAUUGCCAGUACAAAAGGAGGGUGAAGAGGUGGAUUAUAGAGGUGUCCUGCACCGUGAUGGUUCUGUUCUCAUGUCAGUUUCCUUGGAUCAAUUGAAGGAACCGGAACUCCUAUACAAGUCACUUGCAGCAAAGCUUGUUGUUGGAAUGCCUUUUAAGGACUUGGCAACAGUUGACUCAAUCCUAUUGAGGGAGCUUCCACCUGCUGAGGAUAAUGAUGCUCGGCUAGCACUAAAAAGACUGAUAGAUAUUAGCAUGGGAGUUAUUACUCCUUUGUCAGAGCAGCUGACAAAGCCAUUACCCAAUGCCAUGGUUCUUGUAAAUCUUAAGGAGUUAUCAACUGGUGCUCACAAGCUUUUGCCAGAAGGUACACGCUUAGUUGUGUCUGUACGGGGUGAUGAGCCCUAUGAAGAACUGGAAAUCCUGAAAGACAUAGAUGCUACAAUGGUUCUUCAUGAUCUACCAUUUACAGAAGAUAAAAUUGGUAGAGUACAUGCAGCAAGGAGGUUAUUUGAGUUUCUAUCAGACAAUGCUCUGAACUUCCCUGUAAUUCACCAUAUUCAAUUUCCAAAUGCAAUUCACAGGGAUGACUUGGUCAUUGGCGCUGGUACAAAUGCAGGGGCUCUUUUAGUAGAUGGCCUUGGAGAUGGUAUCCUGCUAGAAGCCCCAGACCAGGAAUUCGAUUUUCUGAGGAAUACCUCUUUUAACUUGCUGCAAGGUUGCAGAAUGAGAAAUACAAAGACGGAGUAUGUCUCAUGCCCAUCCUGUGGAAGAACUUUGUUUGACCUUCAAGAAAUAAGUGCAGAAAUUCGAGAAAAGACAUCUCACUUGCCUGGUGUCUCGAUCGCAAUUAUGGGUUGCAUUGUUAAUGGGCCAGGGGAGAUGGCUGAUGCAGAUUUUGGGUAUGUUGGUGGUUCUCCCGGAAAGAUCGACCUAUAUGUUGGGAAGACUGUGGUAAAGCGUGGAAUUGCAAUGGAGGAAGCCACCAAUGCAUUGAUCCAGCUAAUCAAAGACCAUGGCCGCUGGGUUGACCCUCCUGCAGAAGAGUAAUUAAAUCAAGUAAUUCUGAUUGGCAUAUAGAAAGCACAGGCAGUAAAAGAGGUUUCACAGUUAUAAUUCUAUUAUACAUAUGAUGCAAAUGCCGCAAGUUGAAAUCUUCCCAGAGCCUAAUUGCACCAUGUAGAAAUCUUUCAUUGUAUGUGAACUUUGGUGCCAUUAGAAUAUAAUAUUCAAUUGGCAUACAAAAUAACAUUGUAAUUCUCUCACCAAUAAGAAAUUCAUGAUUUUCUCAAUGUUACAUUUA